CACGUUUUUACAGGGAGUGUGCUGUAAGGUUGACCGUCCUUUGGUUUGAGAGGCUAUGUAGCUUAGUCUCAAAACAAUGAUGGUGACUUUUCAAAACACGUAAAAUUGUGUGUCUGGUUGCAUAUUACUGUUUCCUUUUAAUCAAGUGAAUAUAAGAUGUCGGUUAAUCGUUGUGUCUUAGCUCUUUCUCGCAUGCCUGUCCAGCACAGAGUAACAUUACGUGCAAUACCCCUAUCAGCAACCACAACUGUUCACAAACUAUGGACUACUCACCCUGGAUAUUUGCAAGAAAAUGGGUUGUGUGGAGUUUUCCAGAGACGGAGUAUAUCAUCAAACGAUUCAACUCGUCCCCCAGAUACCUCGUUAUUUGUGCCCAUCAGUAUAAAAAGUGCAAUGGUCAGAGACGGGGAAGUAGGACUUGAGCUGUCUCAACCACUGGAUAAAGGUGAACUUUUGAAGGUCCUUAACAAAUUUUACAAGAGGAAAGAGAUGCAGAAACUUGCAUCAGACCAGGGUUUGGAUGCUCGGCUCUUUCACCAGGCAUUCAUUAGUUUUAGGAAGUUCGUGCUGGAAAUGACUGCUCUCACUGCAGAUCUGCACAUCAUUCUCCAUGACAUCUGCUGUGGGGCAGGACAUGUAGAUGAUCUUUACCCAUACUUUAUCAGACAUGCUAAACAAAUCUUUCCCAUGUUGGACUGCAUGGAGGACUUGCGCAAGAUCAGUGACUUGCGUAUUCCAGCCAACUGGUACCCUGAAGCAAGAGCUAUUCAAAGAAAGGUGAUCUUCCAUGCUGGACCGACCAACAGUGGGAAGACCUAUCAAGCCAUCCAGAAAUACCUAGCAGCCAAGUCUGGUGUCUACUGUGGGCCGUUGAAGCUCCUGGCUCAUGAAAUAUUUGAAAAUAGCAACAAAGCUGGCGUGCCUUGCGACCUGGUGACGGGAGAGGAGCGAACAUUUGUAGACGCGGAUGGAAGACAGUCGGGUCAUGUGGCCUGCACCAUUGAAAUGUGCAGUGUCACUACUCCCUAUGAGGUGGCCGUGAUUGAUGAGAUCCAGAUGAUCAAAGAUCCGUCCCGAGGAUGGGCAUGGACCAGAGCUCUUUUGGGAUUGUGUGCUGAAGAGAUCCAUGUUUGUGGGGAGACUGCAGCAAUCGACUUCAUCAAAGAGCUCAUGUACACCACAGGUGAAGAGGUGGAGGUUAAUACCUACAAAAGACUGACGCCAUUUUCCAUUCUGGACCACGCUGUGGAGUCGUUGGACAACCUCAGGCCAGGAGACUGCAUCGUGUGCUUCAGUAAAAACGACAUCUACUCCAUCAGCAGACAGAUUGAGCUGAGGGGCCAGGAAUGUGCGGUCAUCUAUGGCAGCCUACCACCUGGCACGAAGUUAUCCCAAGCCAAAAAGUUCAAUGACCCAAAUGACCCCUGCAAAAUCCUGGUUGCUACAGAUGCUAUCGGCAUGGGAUUAAAUCUGAGCAUCAAGCGCAUCAUCUUCAACUCUCUUGUGAAGCCCAACAUUAAUGAGAAGGGGGAGAAGGAGAUGGACACCAUCUCCACUUCACAGGCGCUGCAGAUCGCAGGUCGAGCCGGUCGAUUCAGCUCCAUCUUUAAGGAGGGCGAGGUCACCACCAUGCACAGAGACGACCUGGCUGUCCUUAAGGAGAUCAUGGGCCGACCAGUCGACCCCAUAGAGACAGCAGGAUUGCACCCAACAUCCGAGCAGAUUGAGAUGUUUGCAUAUCACCUCCCAGAUGCUACUCUCUCCAAUCUCGUUGAUAUAUUUGUCAGCCUCUCACAAGUGGAUGGGAUGUACUUUGUCUGUAACAUUGAUGAGUUCAAGUUUCUGGCCGACAUGAUUCAGCACAUUCCGCUAUACCUGCGCUCACGCUACGUCUUCUGCACGGCCCCCAUCAACAAGAAGCAGCCAUUCCUCUGCACUUCCUUUCUCAAGUUCGCCAGGCAGUUCAGUCGGGAUGAACCACUGACCUUUGAAUGGGUGUGCCGGCACGUCAACUGGCCCUUGGUCCCGCCCAAAAACAUCAAGGACCUGAUGCACCUGGAAGCGGUGCAUGACGUCCUGGACCUCUACCUGUGGCUCAGCUACCGCUUCAUGGACAUGUUCCCUGACGCCAACCUGGUGCGUGAGGCGCAGAAGGAGCUGGACACCAUCAUUCAAGAGGGCGUUCGCAGCAUCACUCGCCUCAUCCGAGCCUCCGAGUCACAGGCCAAGCCAGGUGUAGCCCCUGGCACCGGCACAAACGCCUCCCACAACCAGACCACAGGCUCCAGAGGCCGAGGAGCCAAGGCCCUGAGCCUGGGAGGCCCGUCCGGAAGAGCUGACAGCUCCCUGGGGUCCAAGCUGGUUCAGGAUGGACUGCUCACACCAGAGCUGCUACAGCAACUGCAGAAGGAGUGGUCCAAAAGGCUGAGCCAAGAUGGAGGCACGGGAAAGACUUCUAUGGGAAACGCGACAAAAGGAAAGAAGACCAAUAAGAAGAAGUGAUUUCCAUCGAAGCUGGCUGUGUUGCUCCAGUUGAACACUGUGUGUAUGUGUUUGUAUGUGUGUGUGUAUGCUGUAUGAUGCUUUAAAAACUUUAUGGCACUAAA